GAGAGAGAGAGAGAGAAAAAGAAAAGAAAAGAUGUCGUUAAAAAGAUUUUGAAGGCAAGAAAAUAGAAAAGAUUUAUCACGAUCCCUACUCCUCUUCUCAUAGAAAAAACCCUUCCUCCUUCGGUUUAAUUCUCAUCUCCGGCCACACUCCAGCUCCGGCGACACCACACGACGAGCUCCUCACCGGCACUUGCGUACGACUGAAGACCCCCGAUCGCAGCAGCAACCAACAAUCGGUCGUAAGCUUCUGCCCCUUUCCAUCUCUCUCUCCGUUCAUCAACUAACGGCCCACGGCAUCUGCGCCAAAACGCAUAUCAGCAGCCGAGAGCCAUAUUUUUCUCCUUUUCUAAAGGUUUAUACCAAUGGAACAACAAAAAGAGAAACCAUCAACUGCUGCAAACCCACCCAUUCCUUCUUGUCGAAAGAAGAAAAAUGAAGAAGCUACAUUUCUGGAGGAUUUGAAGGAUCACAUCGACGAAUUCAUUCAUGCAUCAAUGGACGAACACAAAUCAUGCUUCAAAAAGACUAUCAACAAGAUGUUCCGUAUGUCAAAAGUUGUGGCAGAUAGGAAUUCAGAGACAAAUGGAGUUGAAAGUUCUCUGCCUCUUCGAACGACAGUAUCAGAAUAAAUUCUCUUUUCUUCCUUUGUUCAAGUAUAGUUUGUCUUCAUCUUCAACCAACACCAUGAAGUCUCAUGAUUCUUGUUUUUGAUUUAUUUCUACUGCUUAUAGUCCAUGUGAAUCGUUACUGUUGUUUGUGUUUCCCUUGAUGAGCUAUAAAUAGUUGUUAUAUUUUGCAAAAGAAUACUGUGUUUGGAUUUUUCUUGUUCGUUUGUUUACCUCUUGAUAAAUGAGAGUUUGUUUAAUAUUAA